GCUCUCCACGCCGGUCUCCCGUCGUCUCGUCUGCUGCACUCCACCUCCACUGUCCACUCCACUCCACUCUCCAGUCUCCACCGCACUUUCCUCUCUCCUCCCCUGUUUUCGCUCCCCUCGAGACCCCAAAAGCACCGAAAGGGGGAGGAAGAGAAAGCGGCGGGGUUCAACUGUUCAAGAACGCCAAGACCCUCCUCCAGGAUUAUCCCAAACCACCCCCCCCCCCCCCCCUCAUUUCCAGCCUCUUCAGUGGCGGCGCCGAUUUGGAAUUCCGGCGACGGCGAUGGGCUCCGGAUCUUUGCUCAAGGUCGUCGCCAACAACUUCGACGUCCUUGCAGGGUGGUGAAUAAGUUUCUUGUGAGUUAUUCAUUUUCCUCCCUGUUGGAGGGUACUGAUGGUUUGCUGCUACUAACAGUCUAUGAUACAUGUAUCACAGGCCUUUGGUGGCACUGGCUUAUCCUUUGUAUGCCUCCGUUAAGGCAAUAGAGACCAAAUCUCCUGUGGAUGAUCAACAAUGGCUCACAUAUUGGGUCCUGUACUCAUUAAUAACAUUGUUUGAACUCACAUUUGCAUCAAUUAUUCAGUGGCUUCCUUUCUGGCCUUCUAUGAAAUUGAUCUUUAUUUGCUGGCUUGUCUUGCCGUACUUCAAUGGCGCAGCCUAUGUGUACCAAAAUUAUGUGAGACCUGCCUUCAUAAAGAACCAGAUGGUCAACAUUUGGUAUGUCCCUCAGAAAAAAGGCCUGUUUGGGAAAUCUGAUGACUUCCUCACAGCACUUGAUAAGUUCGUUGAAGAAAAUGGGACUGAUGCGCUGAAGAAACUGGCUAACAAGGCUGGCAAGUCAUUUAAACAGUCUGGGAAAUCAUCUAAAGAUUCGAAAGAGUCAAAAUCAUCCAAGGAGUCGAAAGAAACAAAAUCAUCAAAGGAUUCCAAAGAACUGAAGCAGUCAAAAGAUGCAAAGCAACCCAAGCCAUCAAAAGAUUUGAAGGAGCCAAAGUCACCAAAGGAUCCAAAGUCACCCAAGGAUUCCAAAGAACAGAAGAAGGCAGCACUCAGAGAUCCGAAGAAAGCAGUGAAGGAUUCUAAAGAACUGAAGAAAGCGCUAAAGGAUUCGAAACAACAGGAAUCGCUGGAAGACCCAAAGGAACAUACAGCAAAGAAGGCCGGCAAGCGUGUGACGUUCGCCGAGGUGGAGCCUGAGAAGGAGCUCAAGGCCUCGAACAGUGACUGGCACCCAUCCUCCGAUUUCCACAGCGCGUACCCUGAGCAGAACUCGUGGGCGAGCAGCUUCAUGAUCUUCGAGGACGAAAACAGUUACUGGAACCGAGGUCACCCAGACUGCUGAGAUAUCAAAUGUAUCGAGGUGGACAUUUUUUGGUCCAUUUGCGGUGAAAGAGCUCAGUCCAUCUUCACCCAAGGAAAUGGGGGUCUCACUCGCAUUGUGAUGACUUGCGAGUUGCGCCUGCCGUUCACUCUGACUCUCUGUCAUGUAACAUAUUUGUCCGAGUCCGACAUAUAUACCUGUAGGUUGCAAUGUAGAAUUAUGCAGUAUGGAUGGUGAACCUGUGAUGCUGUGUUUGAGGCGGUGAACCUCGUUAGUUAGGAGAAUUGAGAUAGUAGCAGUGUGUUGCUAAAUCUUAUCUGGUGUCUGGAUGUGUUGCUUGCUG